UGUCAGUUAAUUAAUACAAGCCUCGUCCAGUUUUUUAUUUUGUACAUAAUUCUAAAAUGGUGACAACAAAACGUUUAGCUGCCUUCGGUUCCGGCGUCAAAAGAUUCGGUAAAAACACCGGUCACCCAAAACUAGACCCCAAUGGGCUGUACAUCUCCAGGCCCGAGGCCUGCGACCCCUGCCUCUACCACCCCCAGGACAUUGACAAAGUAUUUGAUUUUAAUAAGCACAUCAAAAACCGCGUCGACCCUUGGAAAUAUAAAAGUGAUCUAGAGGAAUGGUCGAAAAACUUAGGCUACAGGAACCAAAAGGUCCUCGACCGCAAGAAGUGGUUCGACUCCCUGCUGGGCCCCGCCUGGCACGACGUCCAGGACGACAAAAAGUACGAGCCGGCCUGCAACAACGUGGGUUUCGGGAGAACACCUCGCUUUAAACACUCCACUAAAUCAAUCCCCGGUCCCGGCACGUAUUACAAACAUGUUCCUUACAAGGCUCCCCACGGACCUCACUCAAAGAAGCAGACCUUCGAAAUGCAGGAACCCUGCAGAUUCAAAGAUCCCGCCCCGAAGUGGUCGCUGGCACCGAAUCGUUACAACAUCAUCGACAAAGACAGCAUAGAAGAGAAACCGAAGAAGAUUGUAUCUUUAAGAGGGCCCUACGACCUGUUCACGGGAAAGCGCGACGGGACAUCCAUCAAGAAUCACUUCAACAGGACCAAAGUGUCUGCCGCGUCGUGGCCGUACAGUAUGAAGGGCUGUAUGGAGACGUACAAGCGAUCACAUUACGGGGAAAUGAACAAAACGAACAGAGAGCUGCCCUGCCGCAGUCGGAACACUCUGGUGGAUCUGGCGAUGUGCAUCCGCUAUCCGAGCGAACCGGGACCGGGGCAAUACGAUGUUGAGCGGCCACGGCAGUUCGUGCAGAACGCGCAAGGCUUCAACAGCAGCUAUGACCGACCGCCGGGCUAUCGGCGCGCGGAGGUGUGGCCGGCCGUCGGUCGAUACCACGUGAGGAGCAUCAAGUAUCAAGUGCCCGGCGGCGGACAUCGUCACGCCUUCCUCAGUAAGGUGCCGCGCACCAUCGGCGCCGUCCUGCCACAGCCCAUGAAUACUUUCUGAUUCAUUUUAA